CGCGCACCGAGCUCAGUCUGCGGGCGAUUUCGGAGCGAAACUGACGCGCGGCCGUUCGAAAACUUCGUUGUGUCUCGUAUUUUUUUAAAUAAACUGCCAGUGUUUUUGGACAGCGCAAAAUGGGCAGAUGAUUUUUUAAAUUUUGUUUUUAAUUUUUUAUUGAACUCUGUGGACUGCACUGCAUUUUUAAUAUUUUGGCCUUUUCGCCGAUUGUGUUUUAUUAGUGUUAAGCCGUCAUGACGAAUACAUUACAUAUCGUCGUGUUGCUAUGCGCGGCGGCCGGCGUCUGCUCGGCCUACUGGGGCCCGGACCUCCCACCAGGACCCUACUGCGGUAGUGACUCCAGAGCCCAGUGCUGCACUGGUCGGCAGGAUGGAUGCGCGCACCGAAUACUCAACACCCUGUGUUACUGUGAUGACUUCUGCAAUCGUACCCGGUCUCACGACGACUGUUGCCCUGAUUACGCUCCGGUCUGCCUCGGUGUUCCAACUCCUACGCCGCCCCCCGAACAUAUAAAACAACCGUGCCGUCACGGGGGGAAGCUAUACUUUCCGGGAGAUACCUGGGUAGAAAACUGCAACAUUUGCACGUGCGUUGAAGACGCCGAGCACAACACAAGCAAGAAGCAAUGUGACGCAGACCCGUGCAUCAUCAGCGACGACGUGAUCUACGGCGUCAACCAGCCUGGAAACUCCUGGCGCGCGUACAACUACUCCCAGUUCGCCGGCAAGAAGUUGAAGGAUGGACUCAUUUAUAAAUUGGGAACCUUCCCGCUGAGUCGAGAGACGAAACGCAUGAAUCCAAUACGUUACGACAAGGAUAUCCACUACGACUCACACUUCGACUCGCGAGUCCGCUGGCCGCUGUUCAUCUCUCCGAUCCUGGACCAGGGCUGGUGCGGCUCCGACUGGGCCGUAUCUAUCGCUAGCAUUGCUUCUGACAGAUUCGCAAUUCAAUCAAACGGUGCUGAGAAAAGGUUGCUGAGUGCCCAGACUCUGCUCUCGUGUAAUAGAAGACAACAGCGAGGAUGCCACGGAGGUAACAUUGACGUGGCCUGGAACUUCGCCAGGGAACAUGGUUUAGUGGAAGCCGAUUGCUUCCCCUACAAGGGCGCUCUGACCUCCUGUCCAUACAGGCCUUCGGGUAAUCUCUUGAGUGACGGAUGCCCUCCUGCUCUUCCUCAACGCACAUCCCGCUACAAGGUCGGACCUCCCGGCAGGCUAAAGACCGAAGAAGACAUCAUGUAUGAUAUCAUGACAUCAGGACCCGUGCAUGCUAUAAUGACUGUGUACCAAGAUUUCUUCCAUUACCGCGACGGCGUGUACCGGCACACGACGCACGGCGACAACCAGUUGCAAGGCCUGCACAGCGUCAAGAUUGUAGGCUGGGGUGAGGAACGCGGCGACAAAUAUUGGAUCGUAGCAAACAGCUGGGGUACCGCUUGGGGUUUGAACGGGUACUUCCACAUCGCGCGGGGUUCCAACGAGUCCGGCAUCGAGUCGUUCGUGGUCACCGUCCUCACUGACGUCACGGAGGCCUACCAGCGCAAAUAACAUCGCGCUCACCUCAUCACGCCACUUUGUGUUACCACCAAGGUGGUGAACACGCGGCGCGGUGUUGUGCUGUUGAAUGUUACGAGGGAUUUUGGGUAGGGACUGGGUUAGGGUUGCCAUUGAAGGAAUUAGGGUUGCCGUUUAUCUGGAGUAGGAAUUGAGUUAGGGUUGCAUCUGCCAUAUAACAUGUAUUGGUACAUGAUUUAGGAGAUAUAUCUUUGACGUCCUGGUUAAUAUGUUAAACAAAAUGUUUCGAUUUCUAAUUUUAAAUGUUUGUCUUCCGGAAUUUACGGCAACCCUAGAUUAAGUAAAUGUGUUCAGUCUUUCUGUACUAGUAAAAGUUAAUAAAUUUGUGCUAAUUUUGUCAACUGUCUAGUGAUUAAUAACUUAAACAGGCAUGCAUACUUAAAUAGAUCCAAAUUAUACUCCUGAUUUAGUGUACUUAAAAAUACAAACUUCUAGAAAUCACCAUUUGCACGUCCCAUUUUUAGGUUAUGUACCAAACGUCAAAAUGGCGGGAAGUAACCAUAGAUAGUAUAAAUAGUUCUUACUCCCAAAAUCCCUAAACAUCGACAAACGACAUUAUUGUUGAUUCGUUACUUUAGGAUACGAUCUCUGACCGAUUAAUUUAAGAAAAUUAUUUUUUUUAUACAUUAGCAUAAAACAUCACUGAUUAAAACUUAAUUCGACAUAUCGCUGCUAAAAAUCAAAACAAAAAAUAGUCAUAAAAUAAUAUUUAUUGUACAGUAUUUAGUACAUUAAUAUUUUUUGUGUGAAUCUAACUGCCAUUACCAAGUAUAACAAAAACAAAAAAAUAAUAAUUUAAACAAUUAUAACUAGUCUUAGGACAUUUUAAAAUGUAAAUUUAAGUAACUUAGACAAUAUAAAGUACUUAGAGGUCAACAAAAGUUGGUUAUUUAAAGGGCACUGUAUUCGAAAGUUAUUUUAAGGCUUCGACCACACUAAAGCUACUUGUCUAUGCCCAAUAAUUAUGAUUUACAAUUUCCAACUGUCAAACAAACGUCAAAUGUCAAAUUCUUAUUCAUGAUAUUACGGUGCGUUAAGACGUUACCCACGCUUCGUCUCGAGUCGAUGGUAUUGGACUAGUGCAUUCGCCACAUUGCAGUGAGCAGAGAAUUUGGCAAAAAAUACACGACUCCUUGUCUUUAUUGUGAUUGGUUGAAAGACUAACCCGUGACUGACGCAUCGGUCUCUCGACCAAUCACAAACGUUACAAUUAAACGACAUCGAUUUAAAUCGCGUGGUUUUGGAUAUCCUAAGGGCGCACAUCAUAGCUUACAUUUUCAUCUACGCCAAAUACCAAGUUAUUGUUGACCUAUAAUACAUUAAAUAGUUUACUCUUGUUUAUAAAGAUAUUUUCUCUGAUUAUAAAAACUUAAUGUCAGUUAUACAUUUCUAGACUAUAAAUUAAGGUUCGUUUCACACUAUGUUAGUUUCAUAUGGGAUAGUAAAGAACAUAAUAUCGAUUCAAAUUGUUACUAGCGUUAUAUCUGUUUUAGAAUUUUCAAAAAUGGAACUGCGAUUUAUGAAUUACUGUUGGAAGUGUCAGUUGUUAAAAAAAUGCAUUUAAUUCCGAACUGUCAACACAUCAACUAGCAUAGUGUGUAAACGAAAUUGACCGAAGUCAGUAUAUUCAGUGAUAAAGGAAUGCAAAGUUUCAAUUUUAGUCUUUAUUCAUAAGAUAUUAAGAUAUAAAGCGGGUAUUGCUUAAAAUCUAUUUUUUUAAAUUCAUCUUUACCAAAAAAUUUUAAUGCCUAUCUAUUUUCGAUAUUGAAUUCAGGGUAUUUAAUUAGAUCUAAAAUGCAAAGAUUUUAAGCUCUACUCGUAGUUUUAAGGUUAAAUAGUGUAAUAAAAAAGAAAAUAUUUUUGACAUGUUAAAAAUUAAAAACAUGGUCUCAAAGGCCAAUUAAUUUGGUUAAAAAAUUAGUACAAAAUUUUGAGUCGUGUUGAGUGUUACAUUUUGGCGCCAUUUAAGCCUUUAUCAUAUAACAUUGAUUAGCUACUGUAUCCAAUAUGGUAACUUAGUAUUUAUUUUGUAUUAGUACUUACAAAUGUAACAUAAGUACUUUAAAUAAAUAUAAAAUUAUA